AUGGCGUCUGGCGGGAAGAUUGAUAUUUCUCAAUUUCGGAAUUUAAUCCGCCAUUAUUUAGACAACCACCAGUAUAAUACAGCGUUGUUCUGGGCAGAUAAAGCUGUUUCUCUGUCAAAAGGCGAAGUUCAAGAUGUUUACUGGUUUKCGCAAACACUUUUUCUUACUGGGCAAUUCCAACGGGCAUGUCAUGCUCUAAAAAGCCGAGGAUUUGUGGACACUAGUCUUGCGUGCCGUUACCUUGCUGCCAAGUGUCACGCGGAAUGCAAGCAAUGGCAGGAUGCGUUGGAUUUGCUUGACACAGAAGGAAAAGAUGUUGUCGAGAAAAUGUCUGUGUCUUUCAAUGACAGUUUUGGGAGUUCAAGCAAGCUUGAAAGCGCAGUUUGUUUGUUAAAAGGGUCCGUCUACGAGGCUAUGGAUAAUAGAAGCCUUGCUACUGAAUGCUACAAAGAGGCUUUGAAAAUCGAUGUUCACUGCUUUGAAGCUUUUGAUCUGUUAAUUUCYCAUCAUAUGUUAACUGACAAAGAGGAGAAGGAGUURUUGGAAUCACUUCCAUUCAUGGAGCAGUGCACCCCAGAUGAAGCUGAUCUCCUGAAAUUCCUUUAUGACAGCCGACUUCAGAAGUACAGCAAACCAGAGGACCCCAAGCUUCCAGCAAACUUAGAUGUACUCAAUGAUAACCUUGAUAUUGUUGUCAAUAUGGCUGAACGACAUUUCUAUAAUUGCAGUUUCUCUCUUAGUCAUAAGUUGACCAGYGCUGUCCUCAACACUGAUCCCUACCAUGAAGCAUGCCUCCCAAUACACAUUUCCUGUCUGGUGGAGCUAAAGAAGUCAAACAAUCUCUUCUAUUUUGCACACAAGCUAGUUGAUAAUUACCCACAGAAAGCAGUUUCUUGGUAUGCUGUUGGGUGUUAUUACUACCUCAUUGAAAAAUACGAGCAAGCAAGGCGGUACUUCAGCAAAGUCACAUCAAUUGACCGAAUGUUUGGUCAGGCCUGGUUGGGAUUUGGUCACUCUUUUGCAGCAGAAGGUGAGCAUGACCAAGCCAUGGCUGCAUACUUUACAGCUUCUAAACUUAUGCCAAAGUGCCACCUACCCUUACUAUACAUUGGCUUGGAAUAUGGUAAGACUAACAAYAUGAAGCUAGCUGAGAGGUUCUUCAGCCAGGCACUCUCACUCUCUCCUAAUGAUCCAUUUGUAUUACAAGAAAUGGGUGUCAUAGAGUAUCAAAAUGGGGAUUACACAAAAGCAGAAAAGAAUUUCCAGAGUGCUCUUCAGAAGGCUCAAGUUAUUAGUGGAGAAGUCUUAUCAGAAACUUGGGAGACACUUCUCAGUAAYUUAGGACAUACAUAUCGCAAGUUAGGAAAGUAUGAUAAAGCCAUGGAUUGCUACAGACAGGCACUGGUGUUAGUACCAAACAAAGCCUCUACAUUCUCUGCGAUUGGUUUUAUACACAGUCUACAAGGAAACCAUUAUGAAGCAAUUGAUUAUUUCCAUAAGGCACUUGGUCUCCAGAGAGAAGACACAUUUAGUGUCCACAUGCUUGGACAGACACURCAGCAGAUGUCAGUUGAAUCACAACCAGAGAUUCCUGCAACAGAGCUGGAGGAAAUCAGUAUGGAGAUGGACAAAGGUUCUGGKGAUGAUGAAGGAUGAAGAAAAAUCACAAAACAUCUACAGAUAUAACUGCAUGCAAAGUUGCUUCAUUAUUCAAGUCAUUACAAACCAAAAUCCUUUUUCUAAAUUACYAAAUUGCAAAGGUCAUAAUAGCAAAUAUAGCUGUUUACCAGAUUACAGUGUCUAAGAGCCAUUGAAAGCCAAAAUAUAGUUUUUUUUUAUGCCAAGCUGACACUAAAUUUGACUGUGCUUUUUUGGCUAGGAUAUGUACAGUAGUUAUUCAGUUCACUAGGAUUUCUUUGUGGUCAUCCAACCAAGAGAGUGCUAAUAUUUCAGUUAUGAAAUGGCUUUAAUUAAAUGGUAUCAAACUUGCUUAUUUUCUAAUAUACAACAUGUACGUAUACUCAUUAUAUAGAUAACAGAUUCCAUAAUUUGGAAAAAAAGGCUUUUGUGAUAAACUGACAUGAGUACUCUAUAGGGUCCCUGGUAUACAUAUGUCUUUGGCUGAGAAAAAGGGAGUUUCUCCUCUCAGUUUCUUUACCUUAGCAUGAGAAUGUAUCAAAUCAUCUCCAUCUCUAGAYAGUUUUAAAUCUCAACUUAUAAAACAUUUUUAUUAUGAACAAUAAUUAGUGGUGUUUUUUGUUUGUUUGUUUUGGCACCAUCUCAAGUUAUCAGUCAAACACAAUGAGAUUUUAUAGAGUCAACACACCAAACUGUAACAUGAAGUAGUGAUAAAAUGAUAAAUCAUUUUGAAUUUUUCUCUUUUAUUGGCAAAACUGGAACAUGCAGUAGGAUCAGUCUUAUUUCUGUUAUAGUGUGUAAAACUAUAGAAUGCAUGGCAUGAAGGAUUGUGAUUUUUUAUUUCUUUGUGACUUUUCAUUAAACUAAAAGAGCUGUUUUGUCAAUAAUUUUAUACAGCAGAAAUCAUAGCAAAAGUUGACAAAAAAUCUUGCAGCAUGGUCACAGCACAGGUUUUUUUCUUACACUUUUGCAAAAUGUUCUUUUGGACACUAAAUAGUACAAUAAUUUCUGCAAUCAUUUUGAUAGGACAAAGUUUUAUAUGAGUGUGACAUACAAAAAAGACAGAAAAACAUGAAAUAAAAGAGUAUGAAAACCAGGAUAUAUAAUCAAACUAAAUACUAACUAAUAGCAGCUAUUUAGAGACAGUUUGUUGGUCUUUGUUAGUAUUAAUGAACCAGAGCAAUGAAGAUGAAUCCACAUGGGACCAUUUUUCAUUCAUCUUUAGUGCAUUCUGGUUCAUUGAUACUGACAAUUUGUCUCUAAAUAGCCACUAUUUGUUAGUAUUUAGUUUGAUUUUAUUUCAUGGUUGCUCUAGAUGUUUGGUACACUUAAUUGUUUUUCACAAUUAUACUUGUACCUCAUAAAGUCUAUAUCACAAAUUAUGGGAUAUCAAUGCUAUUUUUUGAAGUUGCCUAGUGCUAUACAAAAAAAAAAAGAUAUUGGCAAUGAUAUCUCGUAAUAUAUUUUUUUAUAUAUACUUGAAAWAUCAGCUAAAAAGAUCAUAACUUCUGCAUAUUGCUGUAAAUUCUAUUCUAUAUUUGCAGACAUUUUAGUCACUUUCAAACAUGGUCAUGGAUUUAUAUUAUUGACUUAGAAUAAACCAGUGCAUYCAAGGA